UAAAACAAACGUUGCUGGUUGGAUAUUUGGCGAUCACACGUUGUUGAGUUCGCAUAUCUGACAAGUGAAGUCUGAAGCAUCAUCAUCGUUACAGGGGAAGAAGAUGCCGUCACGUUGUGAAAUGUGCUGCGAGAUAAUGAUCGCAGUCUUGCUCCCUCCGUUGGGUGUUUGCCUCCGCCACGGUUGUUGCAGUGUUGAAUUCAUCAUCUGCUUGCUCCUCACUAUAUUAGGGUAUAUUCCUGGCAUAAUUUAUGCCCUCUAUGCCAUUGUCUUCGUUGAUCGUGAUCAGUACUUUGAUGAAUACAGGCGUCCUCUCUAUGCACAAUACUAAUCCUUUUGGGUUGGGUUUGUCCCCUUUUUUCAUCUUCUUUACUGUGCGUGAUUCUUCUGUAAUGGACGCCGCUGAAACUGAUGGAUUCUUAUUUCUGAUUGUCAUUGAGACUGGAGUUGGUCAAUUUGUGAUCUGCAUCAUUUAUCUGAUGGUGUUUAAGUUGAGCACAGAUACUCAAAAGUAUUAAAGUCUUGUGGACAAUUGUCUGGUACGGUAAUGUUAUUGUUGAUCUAUGGAUUUAUUUGGGUGUUUAUGUUAUCAAAUUGUGAAAAGGAAAUGGGGGUUACUCAUGCUGUAGAAGAUAAUGAUAGAGGUAGAAGCCUAGAAGUGAUGUUGAUGGCUUGCUCGGUAGUUGAUCAUAUGCAUAUAAUUACUGAAAUUAAGUCUAUAUGCUUGUUGAAAUUGAUAGUUAGUAAGAUUUCUUGUUUUUGCUAUUGAAGCUCUACAACAUUUUUUUUUUUUUUUUGGCGAACUGCAGGGACUUUAUAGUCCAUGUUGUUCCUUGAUUAGGUAUAAUACUUUGAUAGCAAAUAUCUACAUAUGACCCUUUCUACUUUACCUUCCCUAGCUUGCAGUUAUCAUCCUUAAGUGAGAGUCUUACACGCAUGUUAUGUUUAUUUAUUUUGGGAGAGUUGAUGGUAGGGUAGCUUCUCCAACUUUGUUUAUGAGAAGGUGUUGGAGUACGAGUCUUGAUAAUUGAAAUUUAUUUUCCUCCUGUUCUCUUUCUGUGGGAGAUGAAGUGGUAGUGAGUUUAGUGGAUCUUUUAAAUGCCUGAGUUUCAGAAAUGUCUUGAGUAUUUAAUGAUUUGAAAUUGUGAUGGAUCUAGUUCUAAACCUCUCUUUCUUGAUAUGACCAUGACGACUGUUUUAAUUUUGGUUUCACCUUUUCACAUUACUUAAGUUUGAAUACAUAUAAUUCGAUGAAAAGUAUAACCAAGACUUGAUUACCUUCAAGGUUUAUUGUUGAAAUGCAUUAAGUACUUCUAGUGACUGAACUUGUACAGUGAUUUUCAAAAUACAGACUGGGUUCUUUCAGGUAAAACUUGAAAUUUAAAGACAAAGCACAUGUCUACUGUUGUAUUUUCUUCUCUGGUUUAUCCUAAUUCGUUUUUAAAAAAAGUUGUGCUUGCAUUGUCAUAGACAGGGUAAGAUAUAUUGAGAAAGGAUUCCAGAUUGCAAAAGAAAUGACUUAAGUAAUGUAGGUUCAAUCUAGAUCCAGUUCUUAGAGUGGCUAUCUUGCCUCACAAAUCUGUUUCCCUCACAAAUCACAACUUCUUUUGCAAAUUAGAGUGAGAUUAUUUUUAGAAUAAAGGUAUCUAUAGGGAAAAUGGAUCCUCUCCAGUGACAUUUUCAUUCAAGAGAAUCUUGUCCCAUUGAAAUAACUAUCUUGCCCAUUUAAAUAAUUAGUUUAUUAAUAUCGAAGGUCAGAUUUAACACUACAUCAUGUGAAGUUUUUUUACAAUUAAGAUGAUCUCGAUCCGAUCUCGAUCCGUGUCUAUAGGGUUUGAUCUUGACAUGCCAGCUUUCUUGCUCCUUAUUUUUUCUCCUUUGGGAUCAUCUAUGUUUGCUGAGAAAUAGGAAUGAGAAAUAAAAUAAAUAAACAUAAGAUACGCUUCUCUUCCCCUUUCUUUGUCAAAUUGAAUGUGGUGUUGUCAAUUUACCAUACUGUAUAAUAUUAUUCUCAUCAUUUAUGCUGAAAAGCGUUAUCUUUAUACUUUUGUCGAUUUUUUCUUUAUGGCUGGGCCCUUUCUAAGUUCUCAUGUUGCUCUUAUGAUAGUAAACCCGUGGAAUCAUGAUUCAUGACUACCAUACAAAUCGAUAUUCAGUGCUGGAAGCAUUAUGUUGCUGCUCAAUUCCGUUUUUUAAAUAGAAAAGAAUGCAUUACAUUCUAAGUGUGGUUUUAACUUGUUAAUCUGCGCUUCUUGAUUAUGACAAUAAUGCUUUCAAGUUUGACAAAUCUGACUUGGAAGACAGGUUAUAGAUUCAAAGUAAUUAAAACAGAAAGCUGACAAAUUUAAAUUACAACCCAUAUAAUCAUUUAAAUGUUAAUCCCUACAACAAGUGUCCAAUAAUCCCAAAAAAGGACGUUGUCAAGAAACAUGGCCCAGAACAAAUAAGAACUAAAAUGGAAGAAAAGUAAACUUGUAUUAAUCUGAAUGAGUGAAAAGGUUGAAUUACAAGAGGAGAUAGAGGGUUUAUAUAGCCUAUGAAAUUAACUAACUACUAACAAUCCUAACUAAUCUCUAAUAAUAAUUUAAUUUUAAUACUACAUAGUCAGCAUGUCAUGGUAACUAUCAGGAGUGGGAAUGACCCAAAUAGGCGGUGGAUCAAGCUUAUACGCACUUGGACUAAAAUGGUUGAAAGUUCUAUCUAGCAGGUUGAAACAAGCCCAAUAAUGCCCACCAUAUAAAUAAUCCAAAUUCAUCUCAAACCACCUAUCAUCUGUGAAGUAAAUUGAGUUUGGUUGACAUCCUGAAAAGGCUCGAACAGAUAUUGACAUGGACUCAUUAGCACCUAGACACAGAACUUGAUCCGGUAAAGAUCUCACCUUUUCCCACUUGAUCUUUCUAAAAUCAAAUUUAUACACACUAAAGUGCUUUGUUUGGUAAGGACAAAGCAAAGGGUGUAUAUCCAUGGAUGAUAAAAGAUAUCCUUCAUCAACAGCUGCCCCAUCAUCGUUUACAAAAUUUCCAAUAUACCUUAUCACCAACAGCAUCUCUCCCUCUGAUUUAACCAAGUAUGACUUUAUUGAAUACAGAUCUCUUGAAAAUUCUGUCUCUAAUUCCUCAUCUAUCUCCAUGGUUGGCUUAACAUCCAAGAUCUUUCUUGGAACAUGUUGACAAAUAUCCCAUCCUUCAACUGACCGAUCUUGUGCCAAAGCAUAAAGAUAAUUGUUCUUGAACACAAUGUCACAAUAAGAGCGAGUAGCACCAAAAAGUUCAACCCACGUUGCAGAUUUACAAAACGCAAUCUUACCUUGGCAACUAUAUAUUAUGACAAGUAAGUACUCUGAAUGAGAGGCAGAAGAACACAUCAGUGCAGCCUUGACUACGAAGCUUUUACGUAGGAAUUGGACAAAAUAGGAUUGUGAGAAAGCAGGGUGCAUGAAUGCACGAGGAAAGGGUGGCAAGUGAAUUCUUGUAGAAGAAAGAGGGUUUAGAAAAUAGGUUUUGCGUUCUUGUCUAGAAUCACAAGCCAACCAUGAGAAGAACCAACACACCAAGAACCAGAAAGACCCUUUAACAUGUUGCUCCACUCAUAGUGUUUGUUCUCUGACAAACUAAAGAUACGACGAUGAACGGUGGUUGUGGUGCCAUCUUGGUCGAUGUCAUCGUUUGUUUGGUGGAUGCUGGGAACUAUGGCAUAGGGAAUUGAAAGGAGUGAAGUUUUUGUUGAUUUGGUUUAUUUGUGAAGGAGACAUAAACCUUAGUUUUCAUUUCUUAAAUACCUGUUAUUAGGAUCCCCGUAAAAUUUGAAAUAUUGAUAACAAAAUACUGAUAUUC